UCCGUACACACUCUCCGUACACCUAAACACUGCGCGGCUCCGAUCUAGCUGCUAGCUAUUUCACGCAUUGGAAUGUACAAAAGUUUUUUGUUUUAAGUAAAACAAUGUAGGGUUUUGUCUAGUCUUGCACGGUAAUUUUGUGUUAUUUGGAUAUUUUCUUUCCUUCGGAGCAGUUUCAGACGUACAACAGAAGCAACAACAGUCCCGACAAACGAUGUCAUUUAAGGGGCGACAUUUCCUGGGCAAAGUGGAUACAUCAGACAAACACCAUGCUACCUGCCAAACUGACUGCGAGUGUCUUAAAGAGGAUUCACAGCAGGAUCUGCCACCCCUACCUGUCCUCCCUGUCAUAUGGCUUUUUCCGUAAGGAAGAAGGGACUGCAGAUUGUCUCCAUUCAUAUGCCAAAGUGCAGAGAAGAGUGCUAUACAGCCAGAAGACAACCCAUCAUGGAACACAGCACUAUGGGAGAAGGCCCUUUAGUCUGUCAGCGGCUACAGUUGUGAAUUUAGCACCAGUACCUGUGCAGCCAUACCUCAGACUGAUGAGGCUAGAUAAGCCUAUUGGGACAUGGCUGCUGUACCUCCCAUGUACUUGGAGCAUUGCUCUGGCUGCUGAGCCUGGAUGCCUCCCUGACCUGGGCAUGCUCUUCCUGUUUGGAACAGGCGCUCUUCUGAUGAGAGGAGCAGGCUGCACUAUCAAUGACAUGUGGGAUAAAGACUUUGACAAGAAGGUUUCCAGAACAGCCACUCGUCCCAUUGCCGCAGGGGAAAUUUCUCAGAUGCAAGCACUGGUCUUUCUUGGGGCGCAGCUCUCUCUUGCACUUGGAGUUCUCAUGUGUCUCAACUAUUACAGCAUCGCUCUGGGUGCUGCUUCGAUAUCUCUUGUCGUCACCUACCCCCUGAUGAAGAGGAUCACUUACUGGCCACAGUUUGUGUUGGGCCUGGCCUUCAACUGGGGUGCCCUGCUUGGCUGGGCCGCUGUCAAAGGUUCCUGCGACUGGUCUGUGUGUCUCCCACUGUAUUUCUCAGGAGUGAUGUGGACACUGAUAUAUGACACUGUAUAUGCACAUCAGGACAAAGAAGAUGAUGUCAAAGUGGGAGUUAAAUCUACUGCACUGAGGUUUCAAAGGGAAACCAAACCCUGGCUGAGCGGCUUCAUGGUGGCUAUGAUGUCUGGACUGGUCACCGCUGGGGUUCAUGCCGAGCAGACUCUUCCGUACUAUGCCGUGCUCUCCAUGGUGGCCCUUCACCUAACACAUCAGAUUUAUACGGUGGACAUCGACAAUGCAGAAGACUGCUGGAAAAAGUUUGCCUCAAACAGAAACCUUGGACUGUUGUUGCUUUUAGGCAUUGUUGUUGGCAAUUUGUGGAAAUAAAGAAAAGACUCUGCUUCCAAAUGAAGCAGCGUUUUUAUAUAUAUAAAAUGUACUGUUUUUUAAAUACAGUAUAUCACGUUUUAUUGAUUGUGCUAUGGAUCCCGUGAGUUGUGUCCUUAAUAAAGCUUGAAUUGAAAACUUGCAAAGAG